AGAAAGAUCAACAUUGUUUUUCUAGAUGUUGCAACACUCUUUAGGCCCAACUUUUAAAUUUUAAUUUCAUCAGACUGCAAGACAUGUCUCCAAAAUUAUUACUGAAAACAGGCGAGGAAGGUUUAGUUUCAUCUCAUAUUGGACUUUAAUGGGAAUAAGAGUUGUGUGUGUUUCUGUCCUGCUGAGUAUAAACAUCUGGUUUCAACUUUAAAUAAAUAUCAGGUAUGGUUUAAAAUUCUGCAACUUCUUUCUGCAAUUUUUGGUUUGCAACGACUGAUGUAGGCAAUGUCUGACUUUAUAUUUAUGUCUCUUAAGUUAUCCUUUGAUGUAUUGGGUUUGCAAGCCAAUCAAAUUAGUGUGAAUCUUGCAGCUUUGAGUAACAAGAAACAUUUUCCAUUAUUUUAAAUAAGGGGAAAUCCCUUAUUUAAAGUAAGAUAAAAAAAGUGAAGAAAUUAUUCAAAGUUAUUAAUAAGGAUCAGGUGAUAAAAAUGUUCCCGCAAUUUCUUUUUCCUAAUCAGAAGCAGAAAUUAUACAUCCCAAUGACUAGAAUAAACUAUUACAUGUUUAUUUUGUGUCACGCAAACAUUCCUUUUCUCACAUUUACUUUAUUUGGUUAAAAUAAAAACAUUACACACCUUUUCCAUUUACAUAAAUCAAAGCACCACCUCUCCACUGGUUAGUUUUAUCUUUUGUUUGCCAUGUAAUCGACUCUGUCCACAGGAUGUAUUUAAACAGUGUGACAUGUUGACACAUAAGGUUGUUCACCGUUUUAUUUUCUUUCUGCAAUCACUAUUGCCGACCCAAACAUCCCACAGGAAAGAUAAACACCACUAUCCAGUAAAAAAUGGACUAUAUUUAACCUCUUCUCUAAAGCCACACACAACAUGAGGUCACACCCACUCCAUGGGAUCAAGCCAAUAGGAAGCAGGGCGAGGGUGAGCAAAGGGCUCGUUCUUAUCUUGAUAUAAAUUCUGAAAGAGAUCGUACCCUCAUCUGCUCAGUCUGAAUGCUCGGAUGACGAAGCAGAAGUCACGCAGGGAGCAAAACAAAGAGAGAAACAGGUUUAAAAAGGAGCUGCCAACUCAGAUUAAGACAGCAAAACUUCUGGUCGUCCAUAAAGCAGUGACUCUACAAGAACGCAGCUGACAGCAUCUGGACCUUCUCCUUCCUCUCCUUGUGCUGCCUCCUCUUCUUCAACGAGACCAUGGAGGAGGUUUCUCCAGACACGGAAACCCCGUUGGCCCCCCAACCACCCCGGCUCCUGGAGCGGCGGGUUCGCCAGCAACAGCCGGCAGUCGCCGUUCUCAAAUCAAAGCUGAAAAAUGGCUUGACCUGCUCUGGACCAAAGGUCCGGUCCACUCUGAUGGGGUUUUUCCCCGUGGUGCGCUGGCUACCAAAAUACAAGCUUAAAGAGUACAUCUGGGGCGAUGUGAUGUCUGGGGUCAUUAUUGGGAUCAUUCUGAUUCCACAGGCUAUCGCAUACUGCCUGUUAGCAGGAGUGCCACCCAUUUAUGGUCUGUACACCUCAUUUUACGCUAAUAUCAUCUACUUUCUCAUGGGGACGUCCAGACAUGUGUCUGUUGGGAUCUUCAGCCUCAUGAGUCUCAUGGUGGGACAGGUGGUGGUUAGGGAGGUUUUCCAGGCUGGUUUUGAUCUCAAUGAGGACUCCACACCAUCUCCUCAUGAACUAUUUAAUGACUCGCUGGACUUGAACUUCACUCGUAAACCCGAGCUCACCGUGGAGCUGAUGGGUAUGCAGUUGGGGAAAGAUUCCUACGCCAUUACCGUCGCCGCUGCUAUUACAUUUCUGGCUGGUGUCUAUCAGAUUUUGAUGGCGGUGUUUCAACUGGGCUUCGUCUCCAUCUACCUCUCGGCCCCCAUGCUGGACGGGUUUGCCACGGGAGCUUCUGUCACCAUCCUAACUGUGCAGGCAAAAUACCUGUUGGGUCUAAAGAUUCCUCGUCAUCAGGGCUACGGGACAGUAGUCGUUACCUGGUUUAACAUCUUCGCCAACAUUCACAAGACCAACCUGUGUGAUCUCAUCACAAGUGCCAUCUGCAUCACAAUUUUAGUUGCUGGGAAAGAGAUCCAGGACCGCUACAAGGACCGCCUAAAGAUCCCCUUACCUACAGAGCUGGUUGUUGUAGCAGGAGCUACGCUUGCUAGCCACUUUGGGGAGUUCAAUACCCGAUACCACUCCAGUGUUUCCGGUCACAUUCCCACAGGAUUUACUCCACCUCAGGUCCCCGCAUUCAGUAUUAUGCCACAAGUGGCACUGGAUGCCAUUCCUUUGGCAGUCAUUAGUUUUGCCUUCACCGUUUCACUGUCUGAGAUGUUUGCAAAGAAACAUGGAUAUUCAGUUCGUCCCAACCAGGAGAUGGUGGCCAUUGGACUGUGUAAUGUCGUUCCCUCCUUCUUUCACUGUUUCACCACAAGCGCUGCGCUGGCAAAAACGAUGGUGAAGGAUUCAACUGGAUGCCAGACUCAGGUAUCGAGUCUGAUCAGUGCCCUUGUCGUCCUUCUUGUCCUCCUCUUCUUUGCUCCAUACUUUCAAGCACUUCAGAAAUGUGUCCUUGCUUGCAUCAUCAUUGUGAGCCUUCGGGGAGCACUGAGGAAGUUCAGGGAUGUACCGGCCAAGUGGCGAGCCAGUCGAAUGGACACCAUUGUUUGGCUGGUUGCCAUGUCAGCCACAGCUCUGAUCAGCGUGGAGCUAGGGUUGCUUGUUGGCAUUGUCUUUUCAAUGAGCUGCAUCAUCUAUAAAACUCAGAACCCAAAGGUCUCCCUCCUUGGCCGGGUCGACGACAUUGAUCUGUAUGAGGAUGUGGAGGAGUACAAGAAUCUAACAGCCCCAAGUCGGGUUAAGAUCUUCCGUUUCCAGGCUCCUCUGUACUUUGCCAAUAAGAACUCUUUCCUCAAAUCCCUCUACAAAGCUGUCGGAGUUGAACCUUUCUUGGAGCUGACAAAGAGGAAAAAGGCAGAGAAGAAGGAAAAAGACAAGUCCAAAAAGCAAGCCAAGACAAAUGGGGAGACAACCAACUUUGAUGUCUUUGUGGGGCUUGUCCAAAAAGAAUUAGAGUUCCACACUAUAGUUUUAGACUGCUCAGCCAUCCCUUUCAUUGACUCAACAGGCAUGGCCACUUUCAAAACGUUGGUUAAGGAAUAUGAAGAGAUCGGUGUAAGUGUGCUUCUUGCAUGCUGCAACACCUCAGUCAUCGAUGUUCUCCAGAAGGGAGAAUUCUUUGGGAAGAAUAACAAAGACAUAAGUAGCCUGUUGUUUUAUACAGUUCAUGCUGCUGUUCUUCAUGCAAACAGAGCAGCAGAAGAAAAGAAGGCUGAGGACUCUGUGGUGUAGAUUGUCAGGAGGAAAUGGUUAUUUUCCUUUCGUCUACAUGCUUAAAAGUGAUUGUAAUAAGGGUGCAUUGGAUAGCGCUGAAAGAAGAACAGAGAAACUUUGUUCAUAAAACAAAAAGGUACAAAGAGUAGACUUAGCAGAAUGAGGAAUGUGUGCAUAUAAUUGUAUCCCCUGGAGUAAUGAUGAAUGAUGCUUUUUUGGGGAUAAAUUUGAAGGUCCAAAGAACUGGUUUGUAAAAAGCCAGCAAAUAUAUAUGUUGAUGAACAAACUGUGUUUGAGAAAUUUCCCUCAAAAUUAAAUUUCUAUUUUUCUAAAAUGUGACUGAAAGUUGGAAGGGAAAGUGAUUAAAAUCAUUUCACUAGUAGCAAUUAAAUCUGUCAGUGUGUUUUGGUUCAUCAGGUUUCGACUUUUGCUCUCCUUUUUUUCUGCAUUGUUACAGAUUUUAAUCUAUUACCUACACAAAGGACUGAGUCACUGGUGGAAUAUUAUGUCGCUUUCUCCCAUGGAGUCUCUCCUUCCUUCCUUUCUGCACAAGGGAAAGGAACUCAACUAAAGGCCAAGCCAAACACACCCAUGGCUUUAUACCCAAGAGAGUGCCUGUGCAUUAUUUUUAAUUGUUAAGUGUAGAUGUGUUCAACGUUUUUAUGAAGUCUGACUAGACGUAUUUUGGAAUUGCUUUAGGAAUCUUAUCAAAGCAUUAAAAGAGGGUAUUAAAACAGAUAUAGCACUCUUGAAUUUCUGAAGGAAAGCUUGUUUAACCUAACUUGAUCAUUGUUAGAAAUAUGUUCAGGUAGGAAUGAGUGGCUUUCGUUAUUGAUUUAUGAGUUUUCCACCAACACUUGUGGAAAAAUAAAAGCAAUUUAGAGAGAACAUACAAAGUCCAUAUAGUCUUUACUCCACAGCUUCAGAGUCCAGACUUGUAAAUUUAGCCACCAUUCCCUUACGUGCCAACUGUCGCUUUUGCUAUAAAUCAUUUCUUAAAGGCUGGUUAAACUCUUCCUGACUAGCGGAAGAGAACAAGGACUUUGCUCGUCCUGAGAACCUUGCAUUUAGAAAACGGGUCAGUAGAACACGCUUGUGCACAUACCCUGUUCUGAACAGUCAGCAGGAACUAUAAAAAAAGGUUUGAGUAUUAGAUCUUUUGGUGCUUUUAAAAUGUUUUGAAUUUUUACUAAAGAAUCCAGUGGCAGCAGGUGAUGUCUCCAGUGUAUUUUGUAAAAUCUUUUUAAACGUUUUGUUUUUUUAAUCAAAAACUUUGUGACUAGUGAAUAAGCUCAAACUGCUGUGUUUUAUUUUUGUGUUAAACUACUGUUUCUCAUUGUCUCUUGUCCUGUUGAGAUCAAGACUGAUAGCACGUCUAACUGUACAAUGUGAAAAACCUUACAAUAAUAUGUAGACAUGAUCGUAAAUAUGUACUGCAUUACUAUUUAUAUAAAUUAAUUAGUAAACUCUUACACACACUAAUUUAAUUUGUGAUUAGAGGUCUCUGUGUGUAAUUGUAACAUCCUUUUGUUAGCAUAGCCAUUCAGGAUUCAGGAAAAUUUUGUAAUAUUCAGUACUUGGAAUAAAAUGAGUCUUUAGUAAAGCAAGUGUAUGAAUCUGGGCUCUUUUAUUAAAGGGGGUUCCUCAGUAUUUUGCAAUUUGGAUAAAAUAUGGGGGCAACAGGUAUUUCCAUCGUCAGUUAGAGUAUAUGAUAUAUAUUUAUUUGUGUAGUUUACCCACUGCUCACUGAAUGAUAUUCCUUUUUCAAAACACUCUCUCUGAACCCAAGAAAUGCUUGAGAGUGAAAAAGCUAGGCGAUCCUAAAAUACUUUGUCCGGUCCAUUUGGCACCAACAGCCACGCUCUCUUCAAAGUCACUUAAAUCCGCUGUGUGACGCUCAGUUUAACAUCAACAAGUCAUGUUUAGAUGCCUAAAUGCUUGAACUGCUGCAGUCUUAUUUUAGUAUUACAAAAACAAAUUAAAACUCAAAAUAAUAAGCAGGAAGGAAAAUACCACACAUCCACAAUCUUUCCGAUAAUGCAUUUAAAAACAGUCAGCUGUACAUAAGUAACCAUUAGGUGCCGAGUUAACAACAUAAUCAUCAUACUUUCAAACACUGAAGUCAUGUCUGGUGAAAAUAAUUCCUCCUAACCACCAUCUUUUCUGACUUCAAAUGAAAGGAUAGGAGAAACUUUAGAAAAUGUGAUCCUCCAAACAGAAACCACAUACCUGUUUACAGUUUACUGACUCCAAAUAUGCAGGUAUUAUCCAAGAGGUUCAUCUUUUACUUAUUAACGGUAAACAAGCUGAGAAGAAGCUCGCUGUCCACCCUUGCGGUCAAUGAUUGAUAUGCCUACGUGCAAAUGUAUAGCCGGUGUAAUUAAAGAAACACACAGAUGUAGUGAGCCUAACAUUUUUACCAAGACGAGAAAGGAUUGGUUAUGAUUAACAAAAUUGUACCACGCUGAAUUACAUACACGCUAAUGUUUCUAGCCAAGGUUGUGUCAAACGUCAACAAGAUUCUGGCAUAACUCUGGUAGAAACAGUGGAGGUUCUUUAAUAAAUCUGGUUUUAGGAAUGGUCAGCACAUUUUUGUUUAUUGUUUAUCAAUUUCAAAACUAUUCAGUGUGUGUUUUGGAUCAAUGUCCUGAUGGAACAUUCAACUAUAUUGUGUUUCAACCAUCUAACCUAAAUGUCCUCAUCCUGUGUCAUCCCCCAGACUGAAGCCUGUAAUGAAAUGGAAACUACAGAAACACCAGUGUUGCUGUUUUACACUGCCAUUCACUGAGAGUUUGGGCUAUUUGCCAAGAUUACGAGAACUAUAUCUGCAAAACUCAAAACCAAGCUUUUGAAAUGAAGGACACUGUACAAACUGUCAAGCAUAGUGUUGGUCACGUCAUAAUGUGGACUAAAAGAACAAUUUAAAGGAACCCUGCUAUUUCCUAAAAGAAAAAAGUGGUCAAAUACCCAGACAGUAUUGCUCAAUGACAGCAUAAAAAUAUUGUCACAGUGAAACCUGGUAAAUAAAAUUUAAUCACACACUUAAACCUUUUUGAGAAUGUCUAGAUUACACAAAAUCCUCAAAUAAAUUCAAAUGUCCACUUAAUUCUUCUUUUAAAAGUCAUUGAAGUUGUAGAGUCAUUCCACCCCGGAAAUAGAAACAUGUGAUAAGAGGUUAAAUCAGCCAUGUCAUGCAGGAGCGAAUGUGUUUAACAUGCAUGAAGGGAGCUGGUAGUCAGCUGAUAAAAUAAAGACAUAUGUAAUUCACAAUUUUACCUCCCGCCUAAGGCUAAGAAACAUGGGAAAAUUAAGUUUUUCUCAUUAGGUAGUAACGCUUGGACAACCAAUUGUGCUUAUAAACAAAGAGGGAAAACUUUAUUGCUAUUGAAUCAAGUUAGGAACAGUAUAAAUAAUAACAUGCUUCCAACCCUUCCACUAAGACUGAGCCCAACCACCAGAAAAAGGAAGCUCAUUUCAGUCACUUGUAUCUGGCCUCUCGUUUUUCUCUUUUCAUGAUCCAUAUCUCCAGGCCAUAGAUGAGGCUGGAAUGUAGAUGAACUGGUAAACUGAGACCUGAAGUUUAUAACUCAGCUCCUACCUGACAGUGACAGAGCACAUUACUACAGACAAAAUCCUAAUCUGUCUAGCAAUCGUCUGUUUUAUGCUUCCAUCACUGACGCAUAAAACACUGAGAUACUAGAACAACUUCGAUUGCAUGAGAGACUGAGAGGUCCACCGUUUUUCAGUUGAGUACCAAGAGUUCAAACUUGGAAGAGGUUACUGUCAUUCUGGCUGAACAACAUUGUUUUUGAUGUUAUGGCUCUAGAUGCAAAGGGAAAUGCAUCAUCUGCAAAAAGCACAUGAGACUUCAAGGCUUUCCAAUCUGGACAUCCUCGUCACCAUGACUAUGAUUUAAGAUCCUGUCUAUAUCUCAAACAGCAUCUCUGACGUUAGGGAAUCCAAGUCACCAAACAAGCCAGAUUAUGGGCCAUUAUAUGCAGACAUGUUCCUGCUUUAGUUAUUUAUUAAAACUUUAAGUAAAACAAACCAGUAAAAAAAAAAGAAAACUGCCAAAAUGUGAAGUCGCCAUGCAAAAAACAGUUAAUCCUUAUUGGUUGCAACAAAAUUAGAGAUCAAGUGGGAGAAUGUCUCUAAAACUAAAGCUCUAGCAUUUUCUGGACUAUAUACAGUAUAACUAAAUUUAAGGCCAAUGCAGGAAAUAUCAGCAGUAAUACACAACUCUUAAAACACUGCUUCCGUAUUUUAACAAAGCUUUUGUUGAUUAGUACUUACAGACUAUAAUUCGAGUACUGUCGUUCAUCUCAGAAUGUAUUUUUACAUCGUUUUGAGACAAUUUAAUCUUUUAAAUAUGUGAAGAAUAUUUUCUGGGAUCAAACUGUGUGUAUGUGAGAACUUUCGUGUUUUAUAUUGUCAGUGUUUUCAGAGUCCAGUAGAUGUGAAUGAUUAGUGGAACUGAGGAAAAAUUUAUGUUUUUCCACAGUGAAAUUUUAAGAUUUUUCCCACCUGUUUUUAACAUCCAUAUAUUUUGCAAAUAUAUUAAACACAUUGCUGGAGUUGGCACUACUAAAAGCUAAAAGACUAUUUUAUAGCUUGUUUGGUAUCAGAAACGUUUGAGAAACUUUUCAUCCUCCUAAGAUUCCCUCAGUUCUUCGUAGUUUAGUCUCUUUUAUGGAGUUAUAUUUACAAAGAUUUACUCUGCAAUUUCUAAAGGAAACACCUACAUUUUUCUAAGUACCACGUAACUUGAAGUAACUCUUUAUAAUGUGAAUCUUUAGGUAAACAACUCCAAAUAUGUUGUUUACUCAAAGAUAAGGCAAAACCUAAAGCCUGAAAUCACCCGUUUCAGUUCUGCCCUCUGCUGUUCAACAAUGGAGCCACAGUCUUGUUGAAACCAACAAUAAGGUGGAAGAUUUAUUUUAUUUUAUUUUAUUUUUAGACAAAAGAACAGUUCUGAGACCCAAACUUUAGUUCUUUAACACUUUAUUUGCUCAAAUGUUCAAAAAAUAUCUUUUCACAGAUGAAGUGAAACAAAUGUUCAUCUCAUCUCAUUGGUCAGUGCUUUUUUCAUCAUAAUACCACAAGGAAAACAUAAACACCCAAGAGAACAUUCAAG